AUAUAACACACUCAUGGAAAAUUAAGAGUCCCAAUAGAAUCCCUUAGCUGACACUCAACAAUAAGUUUGCUAAACCUAUCAAGCUACCAUUGAAUUCUUUGAUCAUCUACCCAAUUGCAUCACAACUCUCAAAAAGCAAUACCUUCUAGACAAAGCAAGCGUCAAUACAAGAUUUGUAUUCUUGUGUCUGACAACCCUGACCGCAGCAGGCUUAACAGCAAGAUUCACUCCUUCAUUUAUCAAAGUAACAAGGAAUACCAUUUUCAGUUAUUUAGGUGCAGGUCUCUUCAUUGUACCAGAAGUAUUUAACCCGUACUUAAUAUACAGAUAAUGAUUAUUAUAGAACACAAAAAUAUAAUUAAUCAAAAUCAUUCUUCCA